AUGACCACCCUCUCUCCUGAAAACAGCCUUUCUGCCAGGUGGUCAGCCUCCUUCAUCCUGGUGAAGAGAAAACCACCCAUUGACAAGACAGAAUGGGAUGGCUUCUUUGAUGAGAAUGGUCUGUUGGCCAAGUCACGAGACUUCAUUUGCGUGAACAUCCUGGAGAGGGGUCUGCACCCCUUCGUGAGGACAGAAGCCUGGAAGUUCCUCACGGGCUACUACUCAUGGCAGAGCUCCCAGGAUGAGAGGCUCACCGUGGACAGCACAAGGAGGAAGAACUAUGAGGCCUUAUGCGAGAUGUAUGAAAAGAUUCAGCCCCUUCUGGAAAACCUGCACCGGAAUUUUAUGGAGACUCGGACUACCAUCGCAUAUGACAUUCAGAAACUCUACGACAAAGACCCACUAGGCAAUGUCCUGAUCGAUAAGAAGCGACUGGAGAAAAUCCUGCUCCUGAGUUACGUCUGCAAUACCCAGGCAGAGUACCAGCAGGGCUUCCACGAGAUGGUGAUGCUUUUCCAGUUGAUGGUGGAAUAUGACCACGAGACCUUCUGGCUUUUCCAGUUCUUCCUGCAGAAAACGGAGCACAGCUGUGUCAUCAACAUCGGAGUAGGCAAGAACCUAGACAAGCUCAACACCCUGAUCAACUUCCUGGACCCCAUGUUUGCUGAGCACCUACGAGGGAAGGGUGCGGGGACUGUGCAGUCCCUCUUCCCCUGGUUCUGUCUCUGCUUCCAGCGUGCCUUCAAGUCCUUCGACGAUGUCUGGAGGCUCUGGGAGGUUCUGCUGACAGGGAAGCCGUGCAGGAAUUUCCAGGUGCUGGUGGCCUACAGCAUGCUGCAGAUGGUGCGGGAGCAGGUGCUGCAGGAGAGCAUGACCAGCAAUGACAUCCUCUUGGCCUGCAACAGCCUCAUCGACCUUGACGCUGACGUGCUGAUCUCGGCUGCCUGCUUGGUUUACGCUGAGCUCAUCCAGAAGGAUGUUCCUCAGCCACUGAAGGACUUCUUUCUCUGAGGACUCCCAUGACAGGGACCUCGGGCCGCCUGCUGGAGGGGGGCUUCAGCCCCGAGGUCCAAGGGGGCGUUGGGGUGAGGGCG